AUGGCUGAAAACAAAACUAAAUUAGUUGUUGUGGCUGGUGGGACUGGCGGACUUGGUCGUCAUAUUGUCGAUGGUAUUAUUAAUACUAAGAAAUAUAUGGUCAAAGUUUUUACUCGUCAAGAUCCUUUAUCAUUAUCUGAUCUAACAGCAAACGGAGUCGAUGUUGUUAAAGUUAACUAUGCUGAUCAUCAAUCACUCGUCUUUGAAUUGCAAGGAGUACAUACAGUAAUUGUCUGUUUCAUUGGAAUUGACGAGUCUGCUAUGAAAUCUCAAUUGAAUUUGCUUGAUGCCUGUUUAGAAGCUAAAGUAAAACGAUUUGCUCCAUCGGAAUGGUCCGGUAAAAAUGAGGCAAAUUCAGCAAUACAACUCUGUCGUGAACUUAAAGUACCUGUACGUAACAAGAUUAAAACUUCUGAUAUUGAAUUUACGGUAUUUAUGCCUGGUCUUUUUAUGGAUUAUUUUGCAUCACCACAAAGAGCAAGUUCAUCUUUGCCUCCUGAUAUUGUUGGUAUUGAUUUCAAUAAAUGCAAAGCAAACAUUGUCGGCACAGGUGAUGAACCAUUAUGUACGACUCGAGCUGAUGAUGUAGGCAAAUUUGUUGCUGCUGCACUUGAUUUAGAUAAAUGGGAUGAGAAAAUGGGAAUAGUUGGAAGUCGAACAACAUGGAAUCAAUUGAUUAAAUUAGGUGAACAAAUAAGAGGAAAAAAAUUCGAUGUUAAACGUACGACUAUCGAUGAAACAUUGAAACAAUGCAAUCUAAUAUCAACCAAUAGAAUGAUGAAAUUUGUGCAAGAAGUAUUCAUAGCUAUUGCACAAGGUGAAAUAGAUUUUGAACCAAUAUUGAACGAAAAAUUUCCUAAUAUACAACCGAUGACAAUCGAUGAAUUUUUGAUUAAAUGGUGGGGUAACAAAGAAGGACAAGAAAAAAAAAAAAUAACAAUGGAUUAUCCUGCACCAACAAGUAGUUUAUAUCAAGUAGGAACAAUUCUAACUACAUGGCAAAAGGUUAUGGAAAUAAAAAACUUUAUUGGACAUGCAAUAGAAAUGAUUGUUGAUUUUCCACUUUAUAUAUUAGAUAAACUUGGAAUAUCAUUUAAUUUCCUUCAAAUAAAUCCAGCAUUAUGUUCAGUAUGCGUUUGUGGUGCACUUGUUGGUAUGACAGCUUCUGUUGGAGUUGGACUAGGUGUUGGACUUGGUGUUGGAUUGAAUUGUGCGAAAUCUGCAACUGUUGAUAUUCUUACAACCACUACAGAAGCAAUUAGUAUAGCGGGCAGUAAUAUUACUAACACUACCGCUAGUAUUUGA